GGUUGCACAGCUGGCGAGAAGGAGAGAGGGUCCCAUGAGUUUUUUCUUUUGGAUGCAGCUUCCUUGAGUUCAGGGCAGGAGGCAGGAUGAGGGGAGUGGUGAUGAGGUGGUGGGGGCGCCUCUCAGACCUGCCCCUCCCUGCUAAGGCCUAGCUUCUCCAAGGGCCUGAGGGCAGAGAAGCACAGGGCCAGGCUCUCCUUGUGCAAGUUCCUGCGGGAGGGAGGCUUCUAGGGCAUCUCAGGGGCUGGGGCAGACUGGGACCGAGCCACCCUUGGGUGUUGGGGAUAAGAAGAGGUGGCAGAGAAUCUGAGAGUGCUUAAGGAGCCCCGCAGUGGGUGAGGAUGGCCAGGCCUCUGGAGCAGGCGGUAGCUGCCAUCGUGUGCACCUUCCAGGAAUAUGCAGGGCGCUGUGGGGACAAAUACAAGCUCUGCCAGGAGGAGCUCAAGGAGCUGCUGCAAAAGGAGUUGGCCACCUGGACCCCGACUGAGUUUCGGGAGUGUGACUACAACAAAUUCAUGAGUGUUCUGGACACCAACAAGGACUGCGAGGUGGACUUUGUGGAGUAUGUGCGCUCACUUGCCUGCCUCUGUCUCUACUGCCACGAGUACUUCAAGGACUGCCCCUCAGAUCCCCCCUGCUCCCAGUAGCCUCUGCUCCAGGGGUGCACCGGCUGUUGGGGGCUGGGCAUGUCUCCCACACUCCCUCUUACCCUCUCUCCUGUACCCCUUUCAAUCUGGACUUGCCCAGGUCUUCCGUGAUCAGUUAACCCAUUUUACCUAGGAGGCCCAGAGAUGUGAGGGCUCCUUUCCCAGAAUGCCCAGCAAGUGAGGGGUAGAGCCACUCUGGGCCCCAGCCUGCCUGCUGCACCCCUACGGCCUCCCUUGUGGAUGGGAGGAGGCGGGAUCUGCUCUGAGGCCCUCGAGGCUCAGCAGAGCGUGCACCAAUGAGACCACGAAGGGAAAGGGCCUAUUUAACUCCUAAUAAAAAACUGGCGUCAG